AUGGGUCAACCAUCUUCCACGGGCUCCGUCCGUUCCAACAACAACCACCACACGACGACCGAUACGAGUCAGCCUGGUGGUGGUCUUGGAACCAUACUUGGGGCAUCCUCUCUUCCGAAUAUUCAUGCAACCUCUCAGCAUAACCCUGCGAUGGGAACAAUGACCCCAAACUCACCAAAUGUUUCCUUUAAUAAUAAUAAUAAUAAUAACAACAUGAAUACUGGUGGAAAUAAUCCCACUCCGAUCGUUGUGGCUCCUCCUCCAACCGAUCCACUGCUCAUCUCUCUCAAUGAGCUCGCUCAAAUUCUUGUUCAAUUCAAUGAAGAUCCUCUUAUCUAUUUAUUGGAUGAAAUUUCUCGUCAUUAUCGAGAAUUACAGUUUGGUAAUUUAAAGAAAUAUUUAAACGUGCCAAAAUAUGCAAGUGAUUGGUUAGAGGGAGGAGGUGAUCGAGGAGGUGGAGGUUUGUUUGGUGGUGGGUCAUUUGGUGGAUCAGGAUUGGAUGACGAGGAUGACGAUGAUCUCGGAGUGAAGUACAACACAAAUUCUGCAUACACUGUGUGGUUGACAGCUUUGAAAGAUCGCCAAAUUCCAAGAUUUAUCAAAAAAUUGGAAAAGUUUAAAGAUUAUUCUGGAAGAAAACCAAACAUUUCAUUUAAUGUGCAAAUGUCAACGUCAUCCACACAAAAUAGUUUGAGAAGAGCUUCCUCGUUUGUUGGAGCUCAAGCAAAUCAAAGGCCUAGUUAUGUGGUUGACUUGGAUAGUAAACAGAGAUACUAUGAAGUGAGAAAUGAAAUGAUGAUAAUUUUAACACAUGUCUUGGAAGAAAUCAAAGAUUUGAGGGAAUGUAUUGAGCAAAAGAGAAAAAGCGAAGCAACACUUGGAGCCAAUUCUACCAUUUCCGAUAGUAUUAACGUAACUCCGCUUUUUAAUGAUUUUGAUUUUGAAAAACAGUGGUGGGAACAAAAAAUUGGAGUCCAAAAUUUCAGUGUGAGGAAGAAGGGAUUUAUUGAUGCUGUUGAGGAAACCUUUGCUCACCUUAAAACAAAAUGGGAUAUUGAUUUACUAGAGGAAAUAGCUGACCCAACAUGUGAUGGAGUGGUGAGUGUGACCGAUCUUAAGAACGUGGUGCGUUGGUUAGGAAGCAUUUUCAGAUGGCAAAGUGAUGAACUCAAACUUCGUAGUAUUGCUGCAAGAGAGGAAUAUGCUCCUCUAAAUUUCCUCCCUCACUUUUGGGGAUCUCUAACAGGACUGGACGCACAAGAUUUACUUCGAAAUGAAGAACCAGGCACCUAUCUCAUAAGGUUCAACGAAUGUGAGCCUGGUACUUUGUGUCUUUCAAGUGUCCAGGAAGAAGUUGGAAGUACUGAAGAAAAUGGCCAUGGAUUCUUCUCCUCUCGUCAAGUUUAUCAUUUUGUGUUGAGAAGAACAAAGACAGACAAAGAGGGAGCUUGUUAUUAUCUAAGUGAGGCAGACAAAGCAGGAAAAUUCAAAACCGUCACCGAACUGAUUGAUAAGUGUUACUUCCUUACAUUUAAAUAUCCCUAUGUCAAUGAUGAACUGAAAAGUACAUCUAUUACCAAGAAGCGGGAAGUAGAUGUGUUAAGUGCUCUCAGAUUUUAUUCUUCAGAGCAUGAUGAUAGUACUCCUUAUCCAUUUGUAAUUUUCAAGGGUAAAUUUACCACUGCAAAGAAAGAUUCAGAUGUCAACAAACAAAAGACGCUCAGUAUUUCAAGUAAGGCAAAAGCAUUGGAUCAAAGUUCUAGUUCUGGAAAUUUAAAUUCAAGCACAAAUUCCUUAUCGAGUUUGGCUCGUGCAGAAGGCAGCAGUGCAAGUAUUCGACGAGUAGAAACAGGAAAAGAAGAAAUUAUUGACCUUGGAGAAGAAUGA